AUGGCAUUUCCCAGCAUCACAUCGACACAAAAGCUCAGCGCUGUUAUUACUAUCUCUUUUGCGUUCUUCGUGGCUGAAAUCGCCAUUGGGUUCAAAACCGGUUCUUUAGCGCUGGUAGCAGAUGCAUUCCAUUACCUCAACGACCUCAUAGGAUUUGCGGUUGCUCUCGCGGCUAUAUUAGUCACACAACGCGCUGCAUCGCCCAAGGAGUUCUCCUUCGGAUGGGCCCGUGCCUCGCUACUGGGCGCCUUCUUCAAUGGUGUGUUCCUGUUGGCUCUUGGUGUCUCGAUCUUCCUUCAGUCGAUCGAAAGAUUCGUUUCGAUACAGCGCGUCGAGAACCCCUUACUCGUUCUCAUUAUGGGCUGCAUUGGCCUCACGUUGAACAUUCUUAGUGCUGCACUGCUGGGACACGAGCAUCACGGACACUCUCACGACCACUCGCACUCACAUGAAGACAGUCACGUUCAUCCGGAUGAACACGCUUCUAAUGGUAGACACUCUCAUGAGCAUAGGCAUGCGCACACUCAUAGUCAUCGGCCAAUCAACAUCGAGAUGGGUCUAGUCAGCACUGAAAGUGCAGAUCGUACACCGAUGACACCUAUCAGCUCCCACGCCAAUCAUCGGCAUAACAUUGCCACACUAUCCUCCCCAGGCAGGGACCUCGGCAUGCUUGGGGCACUUAUUCAUGUCAUUGGAGAUGCCCUCAAUAACAUUGGAGUAAUAAUCGCUGCUCUUGUCAUGAUGCUGACUCACUACGAUGCCCGGUUCUAUGCCGACCCUGGCACUAGCAUGGGGAUCGCAAUCAUGAUUCUGCUCUCGUCCAUUCCCUUGGUGAAGAACAGCGGCAAGAUCCUAAUGCAAAGCGCGCCACGUGGCGUCAGUUUCGACGAUGUGAAGCACGAUUUGGAAAAGAUACCCGGCAUCGAGUCGGUUCACGAACUGCACAUAUGGCGCCUGGAUCAGCAGAAGUCCAUCGCCUCCGCUCACGUCGUUGUAUCCGACGAUAACGUCACCAACUUCAUGGACAGUGCCAAAACUAUCAAGGAGUGCCUCCAUGCGUACGGCAUCCACUCAGCGACACUUCAACCAGAGUUGGCCCAGCCACCGCCAAGGUCCUCGGACAUUGAGGGUUUAACAACAACCUCUGCCCCCACCCCUGCCUAUACCCCAUCAAUUGCUGCCUCUUCGAUUAGGAGACGACGAGGCAAUGAAACGGCUUUACCACAGAAGGCAUUGUGA